GUUCUCUACCUGAAAUUUCUAUUUAUUAAUUUUUAAAAAUUACAAGUUUACUGUUUAUUUUUUUUCGAUCUCGACAGAAUUUGUUUUCGCCUAACAAAUAUAUUUUUUUAAGCAGUCUUAAAGUUGCUAAAAAACAUUCUAUAAAUACAAUCGUGUACGUAACUUAAAAAGAAAGAGUAAAUAUUUUUUAAAAUUAUUUCUAGGAAUGAACACUGAUUAUUAUCAAGAUAAACACAUUUGUUUGGCUCAGGUUGCCAAACUUAACUCGAUGUUAGGGUAAAGUCGCCCACCCUCCUAAAUCGGUUAAGUGGGGUCCCCCGCUUCGCUAAAGUGGCAUACAACUGACACAGGGGGUGUCGGGUCUCCCCAAUCCGGAGGGGAGCUUCAGCCUUGGACCGUGGGCGACGCCUGUUGGUAGGGGAAGGGAUUUCGAGUUUCAUUUUUCGCCUCUACUUUCUAACGGAUGCCGUGUGUUGUGUGUACUGUGUAACAAAUUCGCGCCGCGGACUGUAAACUUUCUAUGUGGUGAUGGAUUCUAGUAGUAAAGUAGAAGAUAUGGAGUUGAUGUUAAAACGGAGUCUCUUAUCCAGAAGCAAAUUGGCCACAAUCACUAAGGAUUUGGAGGGAGUGACUCGAUACAUUUGUGUUGUGUGCAAUGUGCAGUAUGAUGACAAGGAGGAGCUAGAAGUACAUUUAUGUUCUCAUUUUAAAGAAUAUAGAUUCCUGUGCAGUAUUUGUGGAACAGGAUUAAAGAGGCGUGAACAUUUAGAUAGGCAUAUGCAAGGGCAUAUGGAAGUGAGACCAUAUUCCUGUGAAGAGUGUGGCAAGGCCUUCAAAAGGAGAGAGCACCUUAAUAUUCAUAAAUCUAUUCACAAAGGUGUUAAAACUCUUCAGUGUUCUCUAUGCAGUAAAUGUUUUUACCGCAAGGAUCAUCUACAGAAACACAUACAAACUCACAAUAAACACUUUUUGGAGCAAAAUAUUAUACCAAUGAGUGACCAGGAGCUUAGCAUUAAGGAGGAGAUUGAAGAUGAUUUUGAAGAUAUAACACCUAUUAUUACAAGUGUAUCUGGCAAUGUUACAGAUCCAGAUGCAUCAAUGGAGUCUGAAGAGUACGGAAGCGAUCAGCAGCAGUCCAUGGACGAGACUAGCAUGGAUCAUUCUGAGGAACAUACGGUUACCUUGGACCACGCGAAGAACGCCAGGCCGUUCGUGUGUAACGUCUGUGGUAAAAGCUAUAAGAGAAAGGACCAUCUGAAGAUACAUAGCUGGGCCCAUGCCAAGAAGGAGGUGAUCUGCAAGCUGUGUGGCAAAGAAUUCCACAUGGAGGAACAGAUGCUGGUUCACGUCAAUAUGGUGCAUCUGAAGAGUCACGAAACCGCUAGUCUGUCACAUUUGCAAACUCUGCUUGGGAAUGAUAUUGAAGUGGAAAUACUGAACAAUGAACACCUCGUACCCCGAAAGGUGAAAGAAGAGCGUGCGCACGAGUGUCCUAUUUGUCACCGGAAGUUCAAGCGGAAACAGCAUCUCAAAGUACACGCGAACGUCCAUCUUAAAAAGAAACGAACAUACUUUUGCAAUGUCUGCCAUGAGGGUUUCCAUGAUGACACUGACCAUGCGAAUCACGUGUGUCCGGGUCUUGUUAAAAAUGAACCGGAAGAAGGGGAUGAUGAAUAUGAAAUCGAACAAAACGGUCACUCUUCAUAUGAACAGACAUCGCCCAAUGGAGACGCGAGGAAAGAAAAUUAUCCUCACGAUUUGCUCGAGGUGGUAGUGGAAGAGGCAGUUAUACCUAGUCCACAGCGUGUGUUCGUGUGUAAAUACUGCGGAAAGGCUUUUCGGCGCAAGGACCAUUACAAAAUACACCUGCACAUACAUACGGGACACAAAUCUUUCUUCUGUCCUACUUGUGAUAAAGGCUUCUACCGCAAGGAUCAUUUACAAAAGCACAUGAUAGUUCACGCGAAGAGCAAAUUGAAGUUGCCAACGAAGAGUCAAAAAAGUGCGCAAGAGUUGAGACCACCUCCGCCAUUUGACGGGCCCCUUAGACAGCAGUCGGGACCCAAGAAAAAGAUCCCCGAUCUCUUGCCCAUUGCAAUCAAGAAAGAAGAGACGAAAAAGAUCGCAGAGAGGAAAGACUUCUUGCCAGAGAUAACGAUACAUGCACCUUCAUCAGCUAAAAUUCGAGUUCCCUUACAAAUAAAAGUCCCGUACCAAAUGGUGAUGUCUAUGGACAAUGGGGAACAACGGGCGGUGACUGUUGACCCCACACAUCCUCAGGCACCCGAAGAGGUAGACACCGAAGAGAAUAUACUACCAGAUUAAAUGGAGAUUGCUAACAUCGUCAUAUUUGAACUUGGAUAAACAAUUUUUUACCUAAUAUGAUUGGGGAAAGUCUGGUUUUUGUGGAUGGUCACACUACCAUAUUAAUAUCCUUUUAAAACUAAAUCAGUGUUUAGGCGAGUAAUGCACAUUAACACUUACGAAUUUAUUGAGUGAUCCACUUUCCGAGCUGGUGUAAAUAUUGAUUUUAUAAUGCUCUGUUAAGCUUUUUAAUGUCGUGGCUGGAUCGUAAAAUUGUAUUUUUUUGGAAAUGGUAAAAAAAAAUAUCGUAGUCGAGUAGUAGUAAUUAUGUUUUUGCUUUUUUGAAUUUUUUUUAAGUACAUUGCCAUCAAAUUUCUUAAAAAAUUACACUCCCAUCUGAACCAUCUGUUGUAAAUUAUUAGUUUUGAUGUAAUCUAUGCCGCCAUUAUGCAACAAAGCUACACCAGCGCCUCUUACGCCUUAUUUUACAAAUCAUUCACUAGUGGUUAUGCUUUUGUUGUCUAUGUCACUAAACGCUGAUUAACCAGAGAUAAUUUCACGAAAUUGUCAAACGGUUUACAAAUAUUUUAGAAUCCGGUCACGACAUUAAUACAAUCUUCACGAUUUGAUAAUUAUUAGAACUAUCCCAUAUUUCGCAAUCACCAACCACCAUACACGAGACUUUUAUGUAUGUUUGUAUUUGUUUAUGUAUUUAAAUACGUCUUAUUACAUUGAUUUAACUACGGCAGGUAGUUAAAAGUGUUAUAAGACUGAUUUAUAUUUUAGAAGGAACUUGAAGUGGUUACAAAUGUUACGAAUCAUAUUCGAAUUUAUUUUCUUUAGUUUCGUUACGUUUUCGAAUCAAGUAUACUCGAUAUAAUGUUGUUUUCAGUACACAAUACAUUUUCUAUUUGGUAUAGACUACAGUGGACCCUCGGUAAUCCGACACACAUUUUGCAGGGCAGUAUUGGACUAUCAAACUUGUCGGAUUUUUUUACAAAAUACAAAAUAGUACCUUGUAAUUCGACAAAUUACGGAUACAAUAAUAAGAUUCUAUAUAUUUUCUGUAUGUCAAAUUUAGUAAAUUAUACAACACAAUGGGGAUCUUAUGUUUUAUUAUAAAAUUAAAUGUAAAUCAUGCAUUUACAGGGGAUGCCGGAUUACCGGGGGUCCACUGUAACGAAACGAACUGUUUCGGCUGACUCAAAUCCACUCUAUAUUAAAAUUACACAUUGCCGAAGUGUAUAUAAUUUUAGGUGACCAUGAGGUUCUUAAAAGUAUCUUUAAAUUAAUAUGACCAUGCAUUGUUUAUUGACAAGUGGUAGAAUAAAAUGCCUUGCAGUUUAAUAUGUUUUUAAAUAAUUCUCUGUACAUAACGUUUUCUUAAUAAGAUUAUGAAAAUUUUUAUAUUUUAUGUAAGUCUUAAGAUAGUUUAAUGCUCGCUCAUA